UGUUAAGAAACAUGGUUGUGUAAGCCGCUGUUAUAAGACGUCACUGACAGCAUCCUCGGCGCUGGACUUCUUCUUGUUUUGUGUACAUUAAGGAAGCAAACAUGUUACUAACUUUGAUAAGGACGACGAUAUUGAACGGUUGUAGACGAGCCGGAGUGGCAAAUCAACACAGUAACACUGCACAUGUACGACACUGGCUGACGAGAAGAGGCCACAGCACCAUCACAGCCGAGGCAGGAGCUUCAUCCUCCCCAGCAGCAGCAGUCAGUGUCCCCAAUGCAGCCACAAACAGGAUAGUAGGUCGCUGGUUACUUGGUUGUAGUGGCCUGGUGGUGGGUGCUGUUGUCCUCGGUGGUGUCACGAGACUGACAGAAUCCGGCCUGUCCAUGGUGGACUGGCACCUGGUGAGAGAGAUGAAACCCCCUCAGUCGCAGGCAGAGUGGGAGGCUGAGUUCUCAAAGUACCAACAGUUUCCUGAGUUUAAGAUAAUGAAUCACGGCAUGACUCUGCCCGAGUUCAAGUUCAUCUUCUACAUGGAGUGGGGUCAUCGUAUGUGGGGCAGGCUGGUGGGACUGGCCUACAUUCUCCCCACUGUGUACUUCUGGAGGAAAGGCUACUUCACUCGCUCCAUGAAGGGCAAAGUGAUGGGCCUUUGUGGAUUCGUCUUCUUCCAGGGUUUGUUGGGUUGGUACAUGGUCAAAAGCGGUCUGGAGGAGAAGCCAGAGUCCCACGACAUCCCGAGGGUCAGCCAGUAUCGACUAAGUGCUCACCUUGGUUCUGCUUUGCUCCUUUACUGUGCCAGUCUGUGGACCGGCCUCACGCUCAUGCUGCCUGCACACAAGUUGGCAGAAACCAAACGUCUCGUGCAGCUUCGGAGGUUUGCCAAAGGCACGGGUGGGCUUGUCUUCCUCACAGCUCUUUCAGGCGCUUUUGUGGCUGGAUUGGACGCGGGCCUGGUGUACAACUCGUUCCCUAAAAUGGGAGAACGCUGGAUCCCUGACGACCUGCUGGCCUUUUCUCCCACCCUGAAGAACUUCUUUGAAAACCCUACAACUGUUCAGUUUGACCACAGAAUCUUGGCAGUCACCUCUUUGACCGCCAUCACUGGGCUUUAUCUGUUCUCCAGAAGGAUGGUGCUGCCCAGGAGAGCUAAGAUAGCCAUCAGCCUCCUGGCAGCAAUGGCUUACGGACAGGUUGCACUGGGAAUCAGCACCUUGUUACUGUACGUGCCCACUUCGCUCGCAGCCACCCACCAGUCUGGAUCUGUGGCACUUCUAUCGCUGGCCAUCUGGGUUCUGGCCGAGCUCAGAAAGAUGCCCAAAUAAUGAUGGACAUGUUUCAUCCAUGUGGAGCCAGAGGAUGUCGCACCACCGCUGCUGUGCCUCCCUUGAAGCCCCGCUGAUCCGCAACACACUAUGAAAACCUGCUAAUUCAUAGAAUUUUUACUUCUUCUUUUUUUUUUUUUUUCCUAAAAGUGGAAGAACCUGCUAUAGCGACAUGACUUUGGGGAUGACAACAAGUGGACAAACACGGCCUGCAGUCUACUCCGGGUUAUUUUAAAGUCUAGAACCACUUGGACUUGUUGGCAAUGAUCCUACCAGAAGGGGAGGGGAUAAUCUUCCGUAUGCAUGACGAAGGUCAUUCCUGUUGCACAUGCACGCGCUCUAAGGGCGAGGCACCUGUGGAUGGCCAGGAAACAUCAGACGGACAAGCAGACUUUGGAGCGCCUCGCUAAAUAACGAUAUAAGUGACAUCAUCAUGCGACACUGAAAUCAGUUCCCAUCCGAAAACGUGUUUGAGCCUCCCACUUGUUCAUCAGAAACGUCCUUCCGGCUGCAUCGGGAUCAUAUGGAUCUAGAGUAGAGGUCCAUCAGGAAGAGGAAGAAAACAAGAGGUGGCUGCUUGCCUUCUGCCCAGUGUUCUGUCACACACUGAAGUCUUCCACUGAUGCUUCACGGGGGCGGGGCUGUUGCUUCCCUCUCGCUUUGAAUCCAGAGAAGGUCCACACGCACACACAAACACACACUCACUAACUGUGUCUUUCCACCCCCCACCCAGUCCUCGGGACCGGCACCUUCCCUGGUCCUCCUCUUCCUUAGAUGACGUUGUCAAACAACUGCAUGGACUGCAUGAUGUUCUCAUCCUGGAGACACAGGACAGUCCGGUAUGAAGCCAAGUGGAUUUUACAUUUACAUCAUAUUAACCUUCUUUUACUCGUGGUGCAGCAUUCACUCCAGACUUAUUUGCUCUGCUUUAAUAUGCAAAUAAUCCGAUUUUUAAUGGUAACUUAACCCUGUGGGGACAUUCAUUUUUUAUUAUUUCAAACCAAAACAGGACAUAAAAGUCUGUACAUUUUGUAUAAACAUUUUGGAAUUUUUCUUGUUAAUUUCUCAAUUUCAGUCCUAAUCCAAAAUAUCAAACAUGUAGCGUUUUAUAGGCUGUUUGAUCAACUAAUGGCACAUGUUUAAAUGAGUAAAAUCACUCAUGUUAUGCAAAUGUAUACUAUUAUAUAUAUAAAUGUAUACUAAUUGAAAAUUGUGACAUAAUUUGAUCAAAAGUCUUUCAAAGGGGUAAAAUAAAAAAAAUGUCAUGUUUGGUAUUUUUGUUUGGGGCUGAAGCUGAUUAAGAGAUUUGAGGGGUUAUUUGCUUUAAUAUGCAAAUAAUAAAAGAUUUUUUUAUGUUAACUUAACCCUGUGUGGACAUUCAAUUUUAAUGACUUCAAAGCCAAACAGUACGUAAAAGUCUGUCAAUUUUGUAUAAACAUUUUGGAUUUUUUCUUGUUAAUUUCUCAAUUUCAGUCCUAAACCAAAAUAUCAAACAUGUAGCAUUUUUUUUUUUAAACGUUCAACGUUUUAUAGGCCGUUUGAUCAACUAAUGUCACACGUUUAAAUGAGUAAAAACACUCAUGUUAUGCAAAUUUAUAGUAAUUGAAAAUUGUGACAUAAUUUGAUCAAAAGUCUUUCAAAGGGGUAAAAUAAAAAAAAUGUCAUGUUUGGUAUUUUUGUUUGGGGCUAAGGCUGAUUAAGAGAUUUGAGGGGUUAUUUGCUUUAAUAUGCAAAUAAUUAGAUUUUUUUUAAUGUUAACUUAACCCUGUGGGGACAUUAAAUUUUUAAUGACUUCAAAGCCAAACAGGAUGUAAAAAAGUCUGUCAAUUUUGUAUAAACAUUUUGGAUUUUUUCUUGUUAAUUUCUCAAUUUCAGUCCUAAACCAAAAUAUCAAACAUGUAGCAUUUUUUUUUUUUAAACGUUCAACGUUUUAAAGGCCGUUUGAUCAACUAAUGUCACACGUUUAAAUGAGUAAAAUCACUCAUGUUAUGCAAAUGUAUACUAAUUGAAAAUUGUGACAUCAUUUGAUCAAAAGUCUUUCAAAGGGGUAAAAUUAAAAAAACAUGUCAUGUUUGGUAUUAUUGUUUGGGGCUGAAGCUGAUUAAGAGAUUUGAGGGGUUAUUUGCUUUAAUAUGCAAAUAUAAGAUUUUUUUUAUGUUAACUUAACCCUGUGGGGACAUUCAAUUUUAAUGACUUCAAAUCCAAACAGGACGUAAAAGUCUUGUCAAUUUUGUAUGAACAUUUUGGAUUUUUUCUUGUUAAUUUCUCAAUUUCAGUCCUAAUCCAAAAUAUCAAACAUCUAGCAUUCUUUUUUAAGUUUUUUAAAACGUUCAACGAUUUAUAGGCCGUUUGAUUAACUAAUGACACACGUUUAAAUGAGUAAAAUCACUCGUUAUGCAAAUGUAUACUACCUGUAUUUUCCGCACUAUAUGGCGCACCUAAAAACCUCCAAUUUUCUCAAAAGCUGACAGUGCGCCUUAUAAUCCGGUGCGCCUUAUAUAUGGACCAAUAUUGAGCCACAACAGGUCUCGCAACCCCAGCCUCUACUGUAGCGUCUAUUCUAUGCGCCUUAUAAUGCGGUGCGCCUUAUAUAUAUAUGAACAAAGUUUUAAAAUAGGCCAUUCAUUGAAGGUGCGUCUUAUAAUCCGGUGCGCUUUAUAGUGCGGAAAAUCCGGUAAUUGAAAAUUAUGACAUAAUUUGAUCAAAAGUCUUUAAAAGGUGUAAAAUUAAAAAAAACAUGUCAUGUUCGGUAUUUUUGUUUGGGGCUGAAGCUGAUUAAGAGACUUGAGGGGUUAUUUGCUUUAAUAUGCAAAUAAUAAGAUUUUUUUUAUGUUAACUUAACCCUGUGGGGACAUUACAUUUUUAAUGACUUCAAAGCCAAACAGGGUGUAAAAGUCUGUCAAUUUUGUAUAAACAUUUUGGAUUAUUUUCCUGUUAAUUUCUCAAUUUCAGUCCUAAACCAAAAUAUCAGACAUGUAGCAUGGUUUAAAAAUAACGUUCAACGUUUUAAAGGCCGUUUGAUCGGCUAAUGUCACACGUUUAAAUGAGUAAAAUCACUCAUGUUAUGCAAAUUUAUACUAAUUGAAAAUUGUGACAUCAUUUGAUCAAAAGUCUUUCAAAGACGGGACGGCGUGGCGCAGUGGAAGAAUGGCCGUGCGCGACCCGAGGGUCCCUGGUUCAAUCCCCACCUAGUACCAACAUCGUCAUGUCCGUUGUGUCCUGAGCAAGACACUUCACCCUUGCUCCUGAUGGCUGCUGGUUAGCGCCUUGCAUGGCAGCUCCCUCCAUCAGUGUGUGAAUGUGUGUGUGAAUGGGUAAAUGUGGAAGUAGUGUCAAAGCGCUUUGAGUACCUUGAAGGUAGAAAAGCGCUAUACAAGUACAACCCAUUUAUCAUUUAUUUAUCAUUUAAAGGGGUAAAAUUAAAAAAACAUGUCAUGUUUGGUAUUAUUGUUUGGGGCUGAAGCUGAUUAAGAGAUUUGAGGGGUUAUUUGCUUCAAUAUGCAAAUAAUAAGAUUUUUUUUAUGUUAACUUAACCCUGUGGGGACAUUCAAUUUGAAUGACUUCAAAGCCAAACAGGAUGUAAAAGUCUGUACAUUUUGUAUAAACAUUUUGGAUUAUUUUCCUGUUAAUUUCUCAAUUUCAGUCCUAAACCAAAAUAUCAGACAUGUAGCAUGGUUUAAAAAAACGUUCAACGUUUUAAAGGCCGUUUGAUCGGCUAAUGUCACACGUUUAAAUGAGUAAAAUUACUCAUGUUAUGCAAAUUUAUACUAAUUAAAAAUUGUGACAUGUGAUCAAAAAGUCCUUCAAAGGGGUAAAAUAAGUAAAAAAAAACAUUUCAUGUUUGGUAUCUUUGUUUGGGGCUGAUGCUGAUUAAGAGCUUUGAGGGGUUAUGUAAGUUUAAGUUAGAAAUAUCGGGGAUCUACUUUGCUGUAUCUUCUCAAAACACAAAAUGAUGCAAAGUAAACGAGGGCUGUACAAUGUGGAGCAAGAAUAAAAUCCUGAUUUUUUUGUUUCUCUGAAAAUCCAAUCUCACACACAUGUUUAAAGGCACAUCUUUGACAGGAUUUCUGCAGGUAUCAACACAUCUGAUUUAAUGCAACUUAAAACGAUUUUAAUACCCAUGAUGUCCUAGUGCAGAUAUGUAUUACCGGUAUAUAUAGUCAAAAGCAUACAAUUGUCUACACAGACAAAAUUGUAAGCGUUUGACAAUAAUAUUAAAUAGUUGAAAAGUUUACAUAAACAGGUGCCAAAUUAAGCGGUAAUUUAAUCAUUACACAUAACAAUGCAAUAACCCUUUCAAAUGCAAUAAACAUAUUUUUCAUUCCUGUAGUAUUUUUAACCAAUGGAAGGCCAAUUACUUAAUUGCAUUAAUUUGCAAAAUAUUGCAAAAAAUUACUUUCAAUGUUGGUUAGCAAAAUUGCACUUCAAUAAAUACUGAAAAUCUUGAAGUGCAAUUUUUUUUAUAAAAUCGGGAAAAACUGGAUCAGGUGGAUGGUUUUGUUGUUUUCAUUGUUGCCAAUUGCAAUUGUAUGAUUUUUUUAAAUGCCUCUGGACAUCGUAUUUCAUGCUUUUAAUUCCAUUUAAGACCUUCAUUUUUGCAAAAUUCAUUUAAUGACUUUUAAUGCUUUUUAAUGACCCACGGAAACGCUGUUUAAAAUUAUUCAUUAUUUGUAUCAACUUGGUAUUUUAAAUUUAUGCCAAUUUUAUAAUGUUAAGUUUUUUUGUUGCUGCUACAAUAAAAAAAAUAAAAAAGAA